AUGUCGCAGGUGUUUGACAGUCUUGUCCAAAAAUAUUUGGAUGUUGAGCGAUACGCAAAUGACGUCAGAUAUGUGAACUACUGCAUCAAAUGUGCCAGUUAUUACUCCGAGCCCAUCGCGCUGUAUAGUUACAUCUUCAGUAAGGGUGUCGGCACCAGGACCGCAGCCCUCUACGUGGCCUGGGCGCUGCAGUUUGAACAGAGAGGACUGAACGAUCAGGCUGAUGGUGUUUACCAGAAAGCGUUGGAAAACCAAGCCCAGCCAGCCGAGACCGUGCUCCAUGAAUACAGGCAGUUUCAAACAAGAACCAAAAGCCAGACAGCAGCAGCAACAGGAACAGGUCGAACCCCUUUGCAGGACUCCCAUUUAACCAAUCAGAUGACGUCCAACAGAGAGCCUGCUGCUCAGAGCAAGGCCACUGUGGAUUGUCCAUCCAAACCUCCUUCAUAUAGCAUAGUUGUCUCCCGCUCUGAGACUUCAAGGGCGCUUCCCUCUGGUCAAGGCUCCAGCGUUCCCACCGUGUCGGCCUACAUGACAGACGAACUCGUAUGUGAAGGAUCUGAAUUAUGCUUCGAGGAGGUCCGAGCUCAAAAGUACUUCUUUCAGCUCCGCGAGAAGCAGGAGAGGGAGAAGAUGGAAAUCGCGGAGAGGAAGCUGAGGGAGAAGGAGGAAGGCAUCCUGAGCAUUAAAUCUAAGCUGAUGGAAAUUGAGCAGAGUCUGGAAGCCUGCGAAGAUUUCAGAAGACAGCCGUCAUCACAGAGGCUGUCUGUAGUAGAAACAGCCAUCGGUCCGAACCCCAAUCUUACCCAGAAUCCCUUUGGGCGUCCUCGACCCUCAAACAGCCUGAGCAGCAGGCGCUCUCUCGGCUUGAGAUUACACACGGAGCCGACCUUCAUCCAAGAGCCCAGCGCCUUCCCCUUCCCCGAACCCGUUCAACAGCUCAGCCGCACCAUGACAACAGACCCAAACGCUCUGAGCUCAGCGGUAUCCCAUCAUCCCUCUGUGCUGGGUGACAGGAGUGUUCAUUUGCCAACAAUGGAUGGAGCGUCUUCUGUCACUCAGGCCUCGAUGGUUCAGCCUCCGUCAGUUCAGCCUCCGUCAGUCCAGCUGGGUAUGAGCUUCGAGCAGAUGAACCUGUCGCUGCACAGACCGGCCGCUGUGAAUCCAGAUGUUCUCAGCGAGGAUGAUCAUCUUCAUCACAGCAGCCUGGAGGACUAUCAACCCCAGCAGCCAAUCAUUACACAUCAAGAUGUCGGUCACCUAGCAGCAGAGCCUGAGGAGAAACUUGAUAGAGUGAUCAUGGACAUGUUCCAGGCCCCGACGCUCCUAGAGGACCCGUUCAACAACACAUCAGUGCUCCAGACAGCCGAGGAGUUUAAUGCUGGAUACCCAAGAAACGGAGGCACUUCCUUGUUCAACAAACCCCCGACCACGACGCCGUUCACUAUCUUCCAAGAUGACUUCGACAAAGAAAACGGAAGUUCUGCUGCUCCUGCUGCUGCUGCCGCGGCGGAGAAGCCAAAAGCAGUCAAAGCUCUGGCUGAAAUCCCAGUGUCCAAACCAGACAAACCUAAUGACACUCCUCCAGAUCUGAUGCCAGAUGAGAGUACCAUGUGGGGGGCUCGCUACAACUCCCUCAACUCGCUGGCCGCUUGUCCCAACAGCACCACAGACUUCGCCAUGUUGGCCCAGUUCGUCUCCACUCCGUUCACACACAAAACUCCUUCCAGCAGCAACUUCUUCCAGGAUCAAGAGAACACCUGUGAUAAUGCAGAUGGUGAUGAUGAAGCUUUUAUCACACGUCAGACCAAAAAACUCAGCCCCAUCAUAGAGCACAGUCCACCUGAUGAGACGGGCCUCAGUGUCCUCGUCCCCUCAGCGGCGACACAAGGCACCAUCGUGGGUGAAGGUCUCUCUGCACCUCAGCACUGCCUGACCUCCUCCUCCAUCACCAUGGUGCAGCCCCCUCCUCCGGCCGUGCUGUCCUUCAGAGACCAGACGCUCUGUCCCACCGACUCCUCCAUCACCAUGGCGCAGCCUCCUCCUCCGGCCGUGCUGUCCUUCAGAGACCAGACGCUCUGUCCCACCGACUCCUCCAUCCACAGGACCACGGGACCCGGCUGGGAAGUUUACACGAGCCCCGAGCAGCCUCCCAAACAGGCCUCUCUGAGCGCACCCGAGAGCUCAGUCAGACCCAGAAGUGAACCUUUUACAAUCAUGGAGGAUUUAGACGAACCCAAAAGCCCAGAGCGAGCCCCAAAACCAGCGUUUGACGUUCACAUGAGCCCAGAGAACGCUCCCAAAGCAGACUGGCUGUUUGUCCGAAGCCCCGUGGCCACAGCGGAGCAGGACCUGGACCUGGACCUGGACGCCUUCCUGAGUCCGUGCCCGUUCAAGAAAGAAGACACCGUCCAAAUCAAGUUCCAGGACAUCCCCAUCCGGAGUCCGGAGCAGCCGCGGGUCUGUGCCGACGUGCCCAUGAGCCCCAUGCAGACACACCAGUUCGGCACCGUGGACGAACCCAUGAUGAGUCCAGACAGAAGCAUGAGGAUCCACGCUGACGUCUCCAUGAACCCGACGACACCCAGGACAGCAGGAGUCCCGCAGGUGUGCGACCCCUGGGACAACGAACUGAUCUCGGAUCUGCUGUCGACACUGAACCCGCCUCUCCCCUCCCACCCUCGCUGCAUCACCUGGCAGUGCAACAUACCAAACAUCAGCCCCAAGAUGACCAUCAGCAUGGGAAAUGCUUCCCUGAGAGUCGACUGCGUCCUCGGACAAGGAGCUUUCGCCACCGUUUACCAGGCAACUGACCCCACGACGUCAGAGAAGGUGGUUAUAAAGGUUCAGAAACCGGCCAAUCCCUGGGAGUUUUACAUCAACACUCAGCUGGACGCUCGGCUGCAGCCCGACGUUCGUCACCUGUACAGCAGCAUCCGCUCCGCUCACCUCUUCAACAACGGCAGCGUGCUGCUCGGCAAGCUGCACAACUACGGCACUCUGCUGAACGCAGUGAACAUCUAUAAGACCCUGAGCGAUAAGGUGAUGCCUCAGCCUCUGGUCAUGUACUUCACUGUCUGUAUCCUGCACAUGGUGGAGCAGCUGCACAACAUCCACGUCAUCCACGCUGACAUCAAACCUGACAACUUUAUGCUGGGAGAGAGGUUCUUGGAGAACAAGUGCUUCGAUGCGGAGAACGUGGACCACGGCCUCGCCCUCAUCGACCUCGGACAGAGCAUCGACAUGGAGCUCUUCCCAGCAGGCACCACUUUCACCGCCAAGUGUUUGACGUCAGGCUUCCAGUGUACCGAGAUGCUCAGCGGGAAACCCUGGAGCUAUCAGACGGACUACUUUGGGAUCGCAGGGACCGUCUACUGCAUGCUGUUUGGGACGUACAUGCAGGUCAUGAAUGAAGGCGGCGUGUGGAAGACAAACGCUGUGUUUAGAAGGAACCCCCACAGCGACUUGUGGCUGGAGUUCUUCCACACGCUGCUGAACGUACCGGACUGCCGCUCUCCGCUGAGCCUGCAGAGCCUCCGCCACAAACUGACAUCCACCCUGCAGCAGGAGUACAGCAGCAAGCUCCCCACACUGAAGAACCGCCUGGUGGUGAUGCUGCUGGAGAACCGCAAGACAACUCGCCGAUGACGACUCAUUACUCCUCUAUCUUUUACUUCUUCCUUCCCCUGCAUCUCUUCAUAUUUUAUUAUUUACAUUUUACC